AUACAACAACUUUUAAGUUGUUUCACUAAACCAAUACAAUAACUUUUCCUCUUCUACAUACAAGAACAAGAUCUUUAUUUCCCUCUUCUUCUAAGUUCAACUCAUUUUAAUGGGGCAACAACAAUCACAGUGCAAGGAAGAGCUUCUGUUUCAGCAAGUGGGUUACAACGACGUCGAAGCUAUCAAAUCCCUUCGCCGUGAAGGUGCAGGACUCGAGUGGGUGGAUAAGUUAGGGAGAACACCAUUAAUCUCAGCUUGUAUGAAUGAAGAUCUAUAUGAUGUAGCUAAAACUCUGCUUCAGUUGGGUUCUAAUGUCAAUGCUUAUCGAUCUGGUAGCAAUAGUGGGACUCCUCUGCAUCAUGCUGCAAAAAGAGGUCUCGUAAACACUGUUAAGUUACUUCUGUCUAACGGUGCAAACCCACUGGUUUUGGAUGAUAAUAUUCAGACAGCUCUUGAGGUUGCUAGAGCUAAAGGUCAUAGCAGUGUUGUACGUGCCAUCGAGAAUCACACCUGCUUGUUCUCUGGUUGGAUGCGUGAAUUUUAUGGCCCAAGCUUUCUUGAAUUCUUUGCUCCUGACUUUUUUUCAAGAAGAGUAUGGGUGGUUGUCGUACCAACUGGUUCACGAAACCUUGCAAAGCCUUUCAAGUUAGAGUUGGCUGUGUAUGAUAGUCUAAAGGAUGCACAACCAAGGAUGGAGAUGCCUUUGUGGAAAGCCAAUUUGGAUGAACCAAAACCAUCAUCACAGUCUGAUGAUUCAGUGAUGAUUGUUAAAAACUCCACAAAUCUAAGUGGCAAAAUUCAGAGACUAGAAGGCGCAUUCGUUUCUCAGGCGCGGCGUUGGGCUCGAGUCCAUAGGCAAAUGCGUCUGGCAGCUGAGACCAAAGGCGACAAGAAACAGCUGAAGUGGUUUUGUGAGGCAUGUAAAGGAACUCCACAGCCAAUGAAUCCACCAAUGUUUCUGCAAACAUUUCAAACAACCUCUGAGUCUGCUCCACCUCAGUCUGCAAUGAAUGAGAUGCCAGUGCUCAAUCACCCUGCUUUCAUCUCCCAAGACUAUUUGACUCCUUCAGCAAACAGUGAGGGUAUUAAAGAAGAUGGAUUGUGUGUGAUUUGUGUGGAUGCAUCAUCUGAAGCAGCGUGUGUGCCGUGUGGACAUGUUGCUGGAUGCGUUUCUUGCUUGAAAGAGAUUAAAAACAAGAAAAUGGGAUGUCCCGUUUGCCGUGCCAAAAUUGAUCAGUUUGCAAUGGAGUCAAAGAAGUCGGAAUAUAGUGGACACGAAAAGGAAAUAGAAAGAAAAUUCUUAUUUAGAAUAAUUCGUACACAAGUGUAGAUGGCAUUUAGAAGAAUCUAACAUCAGGUUGCAUUUCAAGUGAGACAUUAAAAUAGAAAUCGGUUAAGCGGAUUCUCUUGCUCUUUAAGAGAGUUUUCAAAUUAAAAACCUUGAGGGAGAGAGAUUACCUGGAGAUGAAUGAAUGGUGUUCCGAUUCAUCGGAAAAGAUGACAGUCCGGAGAAGACGACGAGGACAAGUCGGUAGAGAAGAAAG